AUCAGACAAUCAAGAAAAUUGAGAAUUCGCGCUUUUUCUUAAUUUUGCAAAAUUUUGCCCUCUCUACUUGCUUCAAAUGUCACAAAACCACUACCAGCCAUUAUCUCUGCAUCUAAAUUUCUUCUUAUUCAAAUACAUGAAUAUAUUUUUUGUGUGUUCUUAAGAUGAUCAUCAAGCGGAGCAUGAAAACUGAAAUUCCAGAGCGGAAAUGGUUCAAGUCAGAGAAACGAGGGAAUUUGGCGAUUCAGAAGAAAAGGAGAACAAAUGUUUUUUUUUCUGCUGAAGGAGUCUCUGGAUCCAGUGAGGCGCCGUCCAAUUCAAAUGAAAUGGACUCCAAUGGCACAAUUCAAAACCUGCUACCGCAAUCAGAAGAAGGGGUUCGUGCCAUUCAACCCCAGUCUUUCAGAGGUCGCGCCAAGAAACUUCCUCGCAGGUUCAAUGAUUCUGUUCUUUACGAACGAUUAGGGUCUGAAAACUGGAGUAACGCUUUACAAGACGUUGCUGCCAUGAGUAGUGAGCGAGAUUCUCCUUGUUUUCCACCAUGUUCUGCUGAGCUAAGAGAUUCUGAGUACUCGGUAAAGACUGUUAAAAAGACUGUUAGUGGAGGUCGUUCUUUGUUUGUUAAAGAAAAGAGCGAUGAUGUGCCUGGACUAAGUACCGAGGUUGAACGUGUGAAUGGAAGUGGCAAAAGAAAGAGGGAUGCUUGCAGAUUGGAGGAUUUUUGUUUGGGUGAUAUAGUUUGGGCAAAGUGUGGGAAGACCCAUCCUGCUUGGCCUGCUGUAGUCAUUGAUCCUUUCUUUCGAGCUCCCAAAUCCGUCAUAAACUGCUGUGUCCCUUCUGCACUUUGUGUUAUGUUUUUUGGUUACUCCAAAAAAGGGAAUCGAAGGGACUAUGCCUGGGUGAAGCAGGGGAUGAUAUUCCCCUUCUGGGAAUUCAUGGACAGAUUCCAGGAGCAGAUCAAACUGUACAAAAAUAAAGCAAGUGACUUUCACAAGGCAAUGGAAGAGGCAAUGUUGGCUGAAGAUGGCAUUUUGGACUUACACUUGGAAGCUGAGCAGAAUUUGGUGGCUGCGGAUUCCUAUAAAGACCAGGGUACACUAUCUUGUGUUGGUUGUGGUUUGUUGUUGCCAUGCAAAACCAUAAAGAAGAUUAAGGAUUCAAGUAGUGCUCCUCAGCACUAUUGCAAGCCCUGUGCAAAGUUAAUUAAAUCGAAACAAUAUUGUGGGAUUUGCAAAAAGAUUUGGCACCAUUCAGAUGGUGGAAAUUGGGUAUGUUGUGAUGGUUGUAAUGUUUGGGUGCAUGCUGAGUGUGACAAAAUUUCCAGUAAACUUUUCAAGGAUCUGGAAAAUAUGGAUUAUUAUUGCCCCGAUUGCAAGGGAAAAUUCAAUUGUAAAUUAUCAACAUCUCAUGCACAGAAGUCAGAAAAGAUAUCAAUGGAGAAUAGCCAAGAACUUGUAUUACCUGAAAAUAUUGCUGUGGUAUGCAAUGACCUGGAAGGAAUCUAUAUUCCAAAGCUUCAUUUGGUUAUGUGCAAUUGCGGCUUGUGUAGUUCAAGGAAGUAUACACUCACUGAAUGGGAAAGACAUGCAGGUUGCAAAGCCAAAAAAUGGAAACAUAGCGUGAAAGUAGAAAGCACAAUGCAACCGCUAAUAAAAUGGAUCACUGACCACAAGACCCCAAGGGGAAUUCCCCCGCAGUUAGAUCAGCAGCAAAUUCUCUCCCUUUUACAAGAGAAGUACGAGCCAGUUUAUGCAAAAUGGACAACAGAAAGAUGUGCCAUUUGCAGAUGGGUCGAAGAUUGGGAAUAUAACAAAAUUAUCAUCUGUAACAGGUGCCAAAUGGCUGUUCACCAAGAAUGCUACGGGGCAAAUAAUGUUCAGGACUUUACUUCCUGGGUUUGUAGAGUUUGUGAAACUCCUGAUGUUGAGAGAGAGUGUUGCCUCUGCCCAGUAAAAGGUGGGGCUCUGAAGCCAACUGAUGUUGAGAUGUUGUGGGUUCAUGUCACAUGCGCUUGGUUUCAGCCUGAAGUUCUUUUCCAAAAUCAUGAGGCAAUGGAACCGGCCACUGGAAUCCUCAAGAUUCCUCGUAAUUCCUUUUCGAAGACUUGCGUGAUCUGUAAACAAAGGCACGGUUCCUGUAUAAGUUGUUGCAAAUGUGCUACACAUUUUCAUGUGACGUGCGCGUCAAGAAUGGGAUAUAUCAUGGAAUUGCAUUCGACAGAAAAGAAUGGGACUACAACAACGAAGAUGCUAACAUACUGUGCAAUUCACAGGGUCCCAAACCCAGAUUCAGGACUGGUUGUACAUACACCCAUGGAGGUAUUCUCACCGACAAUUUCGCUUCAAAAUCACCCGAGGUGCUUCAGGGGAUCACGUCUGGCUUCAACAAAGAAUGUAGAACUUCUUGAACCUUCAAACUCUGAAAUUCAUGAGAUUGAUCCACUGUCUGCUGCCCGCAUUCGUGUAUACGAAAGGUCUUCCAAUAAGAAGAAUGCUGCGGCUACAAUUCACUUGCUUGGGGGGCCAAAGCUUCACUCUUUAAGUGAAAUAACUCAAUUGAAUGGUAUCAAGGUUGCUCAAGCUCUUGAAUUUUCUUCUCUUAAGGAACGUCUUCAUCAUUUACGGAAGACAGAAAGCCAAAGAGUUUGCUUAGGAAAAUCAGGAAUUCAUGGAUGGGGCCUCUUUGCUCGUAGAGAUUUACAAGAAGGAGAAAUGGUUGUUGAAUAUCGUGGUGAGCAGGUACGACGUAGUAUUGCAGACCUAAGGGAAGCAAAGUAUCGUUCAGAAGGCAAAGAUUGUUACUUGUUCAAGAUUAGUGAUGAAGUGAUGAUUGACGCAACGGAUAAGGGCAAUAUUGCACGUAUAAUAAACCAUUCUUGCAUGCCAAACUGCUUUGCAAGGAUUAUGUGCUUGAGUGAUGAGGAGAAUCGGAUUGUGCUUAUUGCGAAGACCAAUGUUUCAGCUGGUGAAGAACUAACGUAUAAUUAUUUGUUCGAUGUAGAUGAGCCAGAUGAACUGAAGGUUCCCUGUCUCUGUAAAGCCCCUAAUUGUAGGGAAUUUAUGAACUAGCUUCUACUGUUCUACAUUGUUUCCAGGCAUACAAGUUUUCCAACCAUGAAGAAAUAUUUGUUGAUUCUUCUUCAACUUUUAGGCUUUUUUCAUAAGUUAAUUAAUUUGUAUACCAUUGGAUUUCAAUUAUAGAAUAAAGGAAAAUUUGCUUA